AAUAUUUUACAUAUGUUAAUAAAAAGGAGAUAAAGUAUUCGGUAUUUUGCAAGGAUAAUGAUUGUUGAAGAUUUUGUUGCUUUGAGCACCGAUUCGGUGUGCAGAGUGAGGAGAAAUAAUUCCCCGAAGUAGAGAGGAGAAGACUUCUUAAAGGUGGGGUUGUUGUGAAAGUUUGAAAAGAUAGAGAAGAUAUAAUGGUUAGAAAUCUUAACAUAGAGAAGAUAUAAUGGUUAGAAAUCGUAAUAGAAAAUAAUUGAGAAGAUAUCUUUAGGUUUAGGAUAUAUCUAGGGUUUUAAAAUAAAAUCUGUUUGGGGAAAAACCUUUCAUAAAACUUACACGGGAGCGGUGAGUGAGGAAGAGGCAAACCUAAGGCCGUAUCUGCAUCAACGGUGAUCAUCUGUGAAGGGGUGAAGGAACUUGUCAUUUCUUGCGUCAAGAACCGUGAGAAUGGAGAAGAACUUCUGGAAACCCAGAGUUCACAAGCCAGGAAAAGUGGAAGAGGUGGAAAUGGCAACGCAGACAAGAAUACCAUCUUCUUCUCAAGAUCCAAAUUCAAAUCGUGACAAGAUUCCAAAGAUUAGUAGUCCGACGAGCACCACCCCGCAGGGCCGGAAGAAACUUCCAUCGAGCCUGCAAAAACUAAAUAAUGUCGAGGAUAAGAGAGUUGAAACCCUAGAGAAGGAGCUCGACGCCUUGUUCCGCAAUUAUAAGAAAGCCAUGGCUGAAAAAGUCUACGUCGAACUGAGCCAGUGCGGUGGUUCACGAAACGCCGUCAUAGCGGUUCUGCUGGAGGAGAGUGACCUUCCGCUGUCGAAGCUUGUUGAAGAGAUCCACGACAGAUUGAACGAGAAGGUCGGUAGCGGUGCAAUCGUGCUGGCGGAGCCGGAGCCAGUGACCUAUGCCACUGUAAAGACUAUUGUAUUGCUUGAGGGACAUAGAGUGACUUAUGGAUUGCCUAAUGCCGAUGCUAAUGUAUCAGAGGACUACACCGAGUCGUGUCUUUGGUGUUGGGAGACGAAGAAUUUAGAAUUGUUGCCGCAAUCUGUCCGAGGACAGGUUGGUGUUCGACGCAUGUGCCGGAGGAGGAUCCAUGAUAGGAUUAUAGCGGUCUCUGAAACCAUAGAAGCUCUGAAAAGGGUAAGGAAGGUCUCGACCAACCUCAGUAGAACUAUUCCUGAGGCAGAUAUCCGCUCUUUAGUAGAUAGUUGGAGAAGCAACCAUGCACAAGGAAAACGUGAACAAAUGGAGAAUAUGGAAUCAACAUUUCGAAAAAAGCAGAAAGUGAAUAACGAUUUGAUAUAUGAUAUUCUUGUAAAAAUCUUUUUAUCCCUCAACGUUGUGGAUGUUGCAGUUGCCUCCCUAGUUUGCAAAUCUUGGAAUAAUGCUUGUCGGGACCCAUCUCUAUGGAACAAGAUUGAUCUCUCCAGACUCCGUUCUUACUGCUUCAACAUACCAUUCAAUAAAGUUGGAGCUUACAGACACUCAAGUUUGCAGAUGACUCAAUUCUUGAAACAUCUUCUUGAUCUGAGUAAUGGAAAUACCACCUACAUUAUAUUCAAUUUUUAUGUUUACCUAACCAAUGAACAGUUCAUCAUGGUGGCACAAAGGACCCCAAACCUGAAACGAGUUGUUCUACCAAAGACGGGUGAUUUCUUAAGAGCAGGAGUGGACACCGUACUGAGCUUAUGGAGAGGUCUUGAAUCCAUUACCACUACUUCUGCUGUGUCCAAUUAUUACAUGAUCCUAGCUAUUGGAAAACACUACAACAACAUCACCGUGCUGAAAUUUUCUGAUGGCAACUUUGAAGAAAAGCAUGCUUUGGCCAUGACUAAAUACACCCCGAAGUUGAAGAUAUUGAGCAUUCGGCAUUUAAUAAUUAGCUGGAAGGCAUUGUUGUGUGUGCUGAAUUUCUUGGAAGAUUUGGAGAAGGUGAACAUAUGCAACAGUUUGAUUCUGGACACAGCAUAUCCUCGAGCAUUUGUAGAGAUGAGUGAGCUAAAGGACCUUUUGCCAACAUCGAGUAUGGAAAAGCUUAUAUAUUGUGAAACAGGAACGUGCUUGAGGUGCAUGAAUGGUAGAGACACUACUCGAAGCAGACAACCAGAUGGACCCCUUGAAGAUAUAUGGGGAGAGGAUGAAAUAGCAUCUCUUGUACAUUUGCCUCAACCUUCUGAGGCUGAAAGGUUUGCUACCAGACAUGUAAGAGUGCUACCUUCAUGAAAAGACUGAUUUACAACUCAAGUUGGUGAAGAGUAGCUACAUGAUCAUAUAUAGUUAAUUAUCUAAGUUACUAGUAAACAAAGACAUUUUUCUAUAUUUAAGUGUUUUUGGAUUGCAUGUGUCAACAUAUUUCAAUGUUUUCGAUCUUGCUUGU